AUGGCGGCGGCUCUAGAGACACAGUCCUCACCGGAAGACUUCAACCAACCAUCACCGCUCCGUAAAAUCAUCUCCGUCGCUUCACUCGCCGCCGGUAUACAGUUCGGGUGGGCCCUACAGCUCUCUCUCCUCACACCUUACGUCCAGCUUCUCGGAAUCAAGCACAAAUGGUCGUCUUUAAUCUGGCUCUGUGGUCCCAUCUCCGGUAUCAUUGUUCAGCCAAUCGUCGGUUACCACAGUGACAGAUGCACCUCAAGAUACGGUCGCCGCCGUCCUUUCAUCGCCGCCGGAGCCGCCUUGGUCGCAGUCGCCGUCGUCAUAAUCGGAUACGCCGCCGAUAUGGGCCACAAGAUGGGAGACGAUCUCCUUCAAAAGCCAAAAGUCCGAGCAAUCGUGAUCUUUGCGACAGGAUUCUGGAUCUUCGACGUGGCCAACAACACCCUCCAAGGACCUUCCCGCGCUUUCCUAGCCGAUCUAGCCGCCGGAGACGCCAAAAAAACGCGAGUCGCAAACGCGUGUUUCUCGUUUUUCAUGGCUGUUGGAAACAUUCUGGGAUACGCGGCUGGAUCUUACAACAACCUCCACACAUGGUUUCCUUUCACGAAGUCACUCGCUUGCGACGUGUAUUGCGCGAAUCUCAAAUCCUGUUUCUUUAUAUGUAUCACUCUCCUCCUUAUCGUCACCAUCACGUCUCUCUCUUACGUCAAAGACAAGCAAUGGUCUCCGCCGCCGGUAAACGCUGGCGACGAGAAGAAGGCCUCCUCGAGAGUUCCUUUCUUCGGAGAGAUCUUGGGAGCUUUCAAAGUCAUGGAACGUCCGAUGUGGAUGCUUCUAAUCGUCACGGCCAUAAACUGGAUCGCGUGGUUCCCGUUUCUUUUGUUCGAUACUGAUUGGAUGGGUCGUGAAGUGUACGGUGGAGAUUCAGAUGGAAGUGAUGUAAUGAAGCAGAAACUUUACAGCAAAGGAGUGAACCAAGGAGCGUUUGGUCUUAUGCUUAAUGCGAUUGUUCUUGGUUUCAUGUCACUUGUUGUUGAAUGGCUUGGGAGGAAAGUGGGAGGAGCUAAAAGGCUUUGGGGAGUUGUGAAUUUCAUGCUCGCCGUGGGUUUGGCCAUGACGGUUCUCGUUUCGAAAUUGGCUGAGGAUCACCGGAAAACAGCCGGUGAGUUUGCCGGACCGUCGUCUGGUAUUAGAGCUGGAGCUUUAAGUCUCUUUGCUGUCCUUGGUGUCCCAUUAGCUAUCACUUUUAGUACUCCCUUUGCACUAGCGUCCAUAUUUUCAAGCAGCUCCGGCGCAGGACAAGGUCUUUCUUUAGGAGUUUUAAAUUUGGCAAUUGUGAUACCACAAAUGAUUGUAGCACUCGGAGCUGGAUCUUUUGACGCUCUCUUUGGCGGUGGAAACUUACCAGUUUUUGUGCUUGGAGCAAUUGCGGCGGUGAUCAGUGGAAUAUUAGCGUUAACUGUUUUACCUUCACCGUCACCAGAUGCACCAAAGCCGACAACCAUGGGAGGAUUCCAUUAG